AGUAAACCACGGCCUCGUUAUAAAUAUCUUCUCGCCCUAGCCCUAAACGAGAUUCGCCCCUUUUUCCUCCCAAUCUGUGAACUGCGGAACUCGUCCCGAUCCCCUUUUGUCUUGGUUUAUGAGCUCGAAGGAGAAACCGACUCUUGGUGGCACGCGGAUUAAGACCCGCAAACGGAACAUAGCAGCACCUUUGGACCCUGCAACUUUUGCAGAUGCAGUAGUCCAAAUCUACCUGGAUAAUGUUGGUGAUUUGGAACUUGUUGCCAAAAACAUUGAAUCUUCAGACCUUAACUUUUCACGCUACGGAGAUACCUUUUUUGAGGUUGUUUUCACUGGAGGCCGUACACAACCAGGCACAAUAAAACCUGAUGAAGGAGAGAGGCAUACCUAUUCGGUUCUAGAUUGUGAACCAAAACGUGAAGCUAUUUUGCCUUUUGUUCUCUACAUACAAAAGAUAUUGCGUCGGAGGCCUUUCUUAAUAAAGAACUUAGAAAAUGUUAUGCGAAGAUUCCUCCAGUCAUUGGAGCUUUUUGAGGAGAAUGAGAGGAAGAAGCUUGCUAUUUUCACAGCUCUUACAUUCUCACAGAAGCUGUCAGGGCUUCCACCUGAGACAGUCUUCCAGCCACUUCUCAAGGAUAAUCUUGUUGCCAAGGGGAUAGUGCUUUCCUUUAUCACUGACUUCUUUAAAGAGUAUUUGAAAGAAAACAGUGUGGAUGAUCUUAUAGCACUCUUGAAGCGAGGCAAAAUGGAAGAUAAUCUCCUUGACUUCUUGCCAACUGCAAAGCGCUCUGCCGAGGCUUUUUCUGAGCAUUUUACCAAAGAAGGAUUGACAGUGCUUGUUGAGUACAAUGAGAAGAAAAUAUUUGAGGUCAAGUUGAAAGAGAUGAAAUCAGCAUUGACAACACAGAUUGCUGAGGAAGCUGAUAUUUCUGAAGUCAUAGAGACUGUGAAGCAGCGUGUGAAAGAUGCCAAGUUACCUGAUAUUGAAAUUGUUCGCAUUCUGUGGGAUGUUCUGAUGGACGCUGUUCAGUGGUCUGGAAAGAAUCAACAACAGAAUGCUAAUGCUGCUCUUCGGCAGGUUAAAACAUGGGCACAACUUUUGAAUGCGUUUUGUACAAAUGGGAAGCUUGAACUGGAACUUAUGUACAAAGUUCAGAUACAGUGCUAUGAAGAUGCGAAACUUAUGAAGUUAUUUCCUGAAAUAGUAAGGUCCUUGUAUGAGCAAGAUGUACUUGCAGAGGAUACAAUUCUUCUUUGGUUCCGCAAAGGCGCCAAUCCAAAGGGAAGGCAAACAUUUGUGAAAGGCUUGGAGCCCUUUGUGAACUGGCUGGAGGAAGCCGAAGAGGAAGAUUGAAAGAUGACGCAAUCAAUGCAGUGUCACUGUUGUGUACAACUGAAGCAAACUCAGUUAGUCUGUUGAAAAGUCUGGCUUUAAAGUCUAUUUCUUGGCAAAAAUUGACAUAAUAGUAUGUUUGUUAUCAGUUAUCUGAAAUCUCAUCAGUUUCUUGUACUUGGAUAUGGCUACCAUCUGCCGUUAUUUAUGAUUCCUGCCAAGCAGAAGAUGAUAUUGUUGACAAUAUUAUGUUCUUGACAUGAUGCAACAUAAUCUAUCAUGAAUCUUAGAGUGCCAUGUGGGUUAAAUGAAUUUCGUUUCUGCUGUUGAACUGGAAAAUAAAUUA